CAACCAGAAAAAACACUAAAUGUUAAUAAUGAUAGGCAUAAAACCAUAAAACAAAAUUUGGCAACAGCUGAACUCACAUUCUUUAAAAAAAAUCAGGUUGUAUAUGUAACUGCUACUUUCCCUUACAUGAUGCUGUUGGUUCUGCUGAUACGAGGAGUAACACUUCCUGGGGCCUCUGAGGGAAUAAAAUUCUACUUGUACCCUGAUCUAUCUCGACUCUCUGACCCACAGGUCUGGGUGGAUGCUGGAACACAGAUAUUUUUCUCUUAUGCCAUCUGCCUGGGAUGUUUAACAGCCUUAGGCAGCUACAACAACUAUAAUAAUAACUGCUACAGAGACUGUAUUAUGCUCUGUUGUUUAAACAGUGGCACAAGCUUUGUGGCUGGUUUUGCAAUCUUUUCUGUCCUUGGCUUUAUGGCUUAUGAACAGGGGGUGCCAAUAGCAGAAGUUGCUGAGUCAGGACCUGGACUUGCUUUUAUUGCUUACCCAAAAGCUGUAACUAUGAUGCCUCUUUCUCCAUUAUGGGCAACACUGUUUUUCAUGAUGCUCAUCUUUCUUGGACUAGAUAGUCAGUUUGUGUGUGUUGAAAGUCUCGUAACAGCUGUGGUGGAUAUGUAUCCAAAGGUUUUCCGGAGGGGAUACAGACGAGAACUGCUGAUACUUGCUCUGUCAAUUGUGUCAUUUUUCAUUGGUCUUAUCAUGUUAACAGAGGGUGGAAUGUAUGUUUUCCAGCUGUUUGAUUCCUAUGCAGCCAGUGGGAUGUGCCUUCUCUUUGUUGCUAUAUUUGAAUGUGUCUGCAUUGGAUGGUUUUAUGGAAGCAAUCGUUUUUAUGACAACAUUGAAGAUAUGAUCGGAUAUAGACCACUGGCAUUAAUUAAAUGGUGUUGGAUGUUCCUCACUCCUGGCAUUUGUGCUGGAAUCUUCAUCUUUUUCUUGGUGAAGUAUAAGCCUUUGAAAUACAACAAUGUAUAUACAUACCCAGAUUGGGGCUAUGGUAUAGGGUGGAUGAUGGCUCUUUCCUCCAUGGUUUGUAUUCCAUUGUGGAUCUGUGUUAAGUUGUGGAAGACAGAAGGAACCAUCAUAGAGAAAUUCAGAAAGCUGAUUGUGGCCAGCCCAGAUUUGAAAAUGAGAGGAAAGCUUGGAGCAGGUUCAUAUGCAGCUACAGUAAAUGACUAUGAUGCCAAACUGAAAGGUGAUGGCAAUAUUUCAACCAUCACAGAAAAAGAGACGCACUUCUGAAAGAACUCUCAUUUGAUUUUUUUUAUAUAAAUGAAAGUAAAUAGAACUCUCCACUUAAUUAUAGG